UUGCUUUUUCUUCUUCUUUUGGAAAUUGAGAGCACUUAGUUGAAUGGCACUAGGUUGCUAGCAGCCAUGGAGGACUACCCUGAGAAAAGAAUAUGGUCAACCUUGGUUUUCUAAAAGUCAAAGUUCUCUCUACUACCUAUAUAUCUCCCUCCUCCUCUUGUUUGUCACUCAGUCCAAUUAUACCCCAUGCAAAUGAUGACGAUGCUUUCCAAAUGGGUUUUAUUGAUUCUCAGCUUCCUCUUAAUUGUUAGGUCAACACCGUCUUCCCUCGCCUCAGAAGAACUCGCAGAAAUCUCUAGAAAUUUCCUAAGUUAUGCCAAAGAAUCGGACUUCUUCGAUUGGAUGGUUGGUAUCCGGAGGAAAAUACAUGAGAAUCCAGAACUGGGUUAUGAGGAAUUUGAGACUAGCAAGCUUAUUAGAGCCGAAUUGGACAAGAUGGGCAUUGCUUAUAAGUACCCAAUUGCAGUUACUGGUAUUGUUGGCUUCAUUGGCUCCGGCAAGCCCCCUUUUGUAGCACUGCGAGCUGACAUGGAUGCUCUGGCUAUGCAGGAGAUGGUAGAAUGGGAGCACAAGAGUAAGGUUCCGGGAAAGAUGCAUGCUUGUGGUCAUGAUGGCCAUGUCGCAAUGCUUCUUGGGGCUGCUAAGAUCCUAAAUGAACAUGUUCAACUCUUGCAGGGUACUGUGUUGCUCAUUUUUCAACCGGCAGAGGAAGGCGGUGGAGGUGCAGAGAAGAUGGUAAAAGCUGGAGUAGUUGAGAAUGUUGAAGCCAUAUUUGGUCUUCAUGUUCAUUCUAACUUGCCAUUAGGUCAGGUAUCCUCCAAGCCUGGUCCAAUUUUGGCAGCAAGUGGCUUUUUUAAUGCCAUUAUUAAGGGAAAGGGUGGUCAUGCUGCUAUUCCUCAACAAGCCAUAGAUCCAAUUUUAGCAGCUUCUAAUGUCAUUGUUAGCUUACAGCACCUUGUUUCCCGGGAAGCUGACCCACUCGACUCUCAGGUGGUAACUGUUGCGAUGUUCCAAGGUGGUAAAGCAUUCAAUGUCAUUCCGGAUUCUGUUACCAUCGGGGGAACUUUCCGCGCCUUCUCUAAGGAAAGUUUUAUGCAACUUAAGCAGAGAAUUGAAAAGGUUAUAAUUGGACAAGCCUCAGUCCAGAGGUGCAAUGCAACUAUCGAUUUUCUCGAAAAUGAGAAGCCUAUUUUCCCAGCAACUGUAAACGACGAAAGCUUGCAUGAAUAUUUCCGGAAUGUAGCAACUGACAUGCUCGGGAAGCCAAACGUGAAAGACAUGUCGCCUCUCAUGGGAUCAGAGGACUUUGCAUUUUAUCAAGAAGUGAUCCCCGGCUACUUCUUCUUCAUUGGGAUGAAUGCAGACACAAAUGAGAAAUUACCAUCUGCCCACUCACCCCAAUUCAAGAUUAAUGAAGAUGCACUUCCUUAUGGAGCUGCUCUUCAUGCAUCACUAGCUGUUAGGUAUCUGAUCCAAUCACAACAGAAGAUGUUGGUUCCUUCAUCGUGCCAAAGACAUCAUGACGACGAACUGUGAGGCUAUUUUCAGGGUUUGGGAAAAUUUCCAUUGAUGAACUUCAUUAUGUUUUAGAAUUUGAUCAUGUCAGUCUUUUUUAGCUGUAAAAUGGGUAUUGUAAGUUGAGAAGGUGACAAAUAGCCCGCCUUCAUUCUACUCCUUAAAGCUUGAAAUAAAAAGGAUGGUCUACAAUAGAUGGCUUA